UUGGCUCGUGCAAAUACAUUGAUUGACUCCUAAAUACGUAGGAAAUAAGGUUAAAGGAAUGUUUCGAAGUAAUUUGCAGCCUACAAAACUCGCUGACCAGAUUGUAUGAGUUUGAUUAUCCACAACUGUAUCACCACCAUCCAUCCGUCACACUGUCACCGUUCAUUGUCCCCUACAAGGAAGUUCGUAGCUUGUUUUCAUUGCUGACAGCAUUGUUACAGCCCCCAUUGCCAUGCAGCAGUCUACGACACCCACUGACCCCCGGCCUGAAAUCAUCAUGCGCUCUCCUUCUUCAUUGCCGGAGCAGCCAGCGCAACGUCCGAGAAGCCGUUUUACGGAUCUUGGAACCGUUUGUUCAAUACCACGUUCCACGUUGAUACGAUGUUCGAAGCCGUCCCUCAAAUUCCUCCUGUCGCAUCACGCGAGGCGGUUCAAUUCGUCCUCCACCUCCUCACAUACGUCGAAACGACACCUGUCUUCAUAGUUGAGGUCAAGUCGCCUGCCGAUUCACGCCUCUCCUCAAAGUGCCAGGAGGCGGACGAGCAGCUUCGCCGGCAACUCAUCGAUCUCAUCCCCUACCUGAAGAUCCCUGUAUUGCAUGGCAUGUCCGCGUUCAGCACCAAGAUCGCCUUCUGAAGCUAUCGUCGUGACUCCAACCGCCUGCAGCCUAGGAAUAUCACCCCAGAUCCGGAGGAAGUAACGGACACCGCUCUUUGAGAAUGGUGGACCUUCGACGGCGCAAAGACGUUCCGGGACGUAGUCGAGGAGGCGAAGGGAAUGUGUGGUCAAGUCUCGUUUUAGCGUUAUGCCGUCCAAUUGCUCAUCGGGUUCGUACACCUACUAUCUUCGCCUUGGUACAAUGUCUAUCUUCCACGUUGGUGAUCCCCUGUGAUGGCAUAGCACGGUUCGUCAAAUCAUGAUUGAAACCUGAUUUCUAUCGUCUCCCCAGUGCACUCUGGCUUACAACCAUAUUUUUC